AUGGCAACAGCUAGAUUAUUUGCUCAACACUUUCUUGAAUGCGAAAACUGUGAGGAAGACCCCGCGCAGUUCCUUUGUAAAACAUGCCCUGGUCAUCUUUGUGAGACCUGUAAAACAGAGCACGAGACGAGAAAAAUAACUAAAACUCAUGAGAUUAUACACCUGCAUAAAGAUAAGGAGGGGCCACUGGGCCUUCUUUACUGUGGAAAACACAAAGUAAACAAAAUAGAGUGGUACUGUUCACCCUGCAAAGAACCAGUAUGCACAAAAUGUCUAAUGGAAUCCCAUAAUGGACAUAAAAUGGAAGAUUUUGCUACAAUUUACCAAGAGAAUAUGAGCAAGCUUAAAAAGGAAAAGAAGGAAAUAGAGGCAGUGCUUUUACCAAAAUAUAGAGAAAUGAUUUCUAAGGAAAAAAGAAAAAAGUCAGAGUUAUCAAAGAGAAAUGAUGAAGUUAAGAAACAAAUAGAAGAUCACACUAAAUCAAUAAUGAAUCAAGUAACAACGUUGAAAGAGAAUGCUCUACAGAAUUUACGAGAAGAAGAAGAAAAGGCCAUCAUGGAAAUUGAGGACACAGAACAUGAAAUUGAAGAGAGAAUUGAAACACUCAGAAGACUCAAUGAGGAAAUCACCAAUAACUUGGGGGCAAAUCGUGGAAGUUCCUUUCUCAUGAAUAUAGACUCAUAUACUUUGCAAAAAAUGCAGGAAUUUCCAGCCACGGUUAAUUACAAGAUUGUAGACUUUCAGCCUGUGAAGCUGGUCAGGGACAUCUUAUUAGUGAACGAAAGGCCAUAUGACCCAGUGGAUCCAGCACCAGCUGAGCCACUGAAGUACUCCCAACGCAUCCCUAGCAGAUACCGCAGCUCGUCGAACAAACGCCGAAGAAUCAACUCCACCCCUGAAAAACAAUAA